AUGGCGGGCCAAGGAGUCACCACGUACCUCAUCAUCCUCAUCGCCAUCUCGACUCUCGGGUCUCUCCAGUUUGGCUUCCACUUGGCCGAGCUCAACGCCCCCCAAGAUGUCAUAACCUGCCACCGAAAGUCCGUCUCGAUCCUCGCUCGAAUCGCCGGCUUCGUCACCUCUGUCCACGAUGGCACCAACGACUGUAUCCCCAUGGAUGAGGCGGCCUUUGCCACCGUCUCCUCCAUCUUCACUAUCGGAGGCCUCAUCGGCGCUCUCGCUGCCGGUCCCUUUUCCUCUCGCCGCGGCCGCCUUCUCGCCAUGCGUGUGACGGCUCUUCUCUUCAUCGUCGGCUCCGUCGUUGAGACGUCUGCCAACAGCGUCCUGGUCAUGGCGUCAGGCCGCUUCCUGUCCGGCAUCGGGGCUGGAGCAUCGACCGUCAUCGUUCCUCUGUACAUCAGCGAGGUCUGCCCGCCCGAUCGGAGAGGCUUCUUCGGCUUCAUGACCCAGAUCUCCAUCAACGUCGGCAUCCUCAUUACGCAAACGCUGGGCUUCUUCUUGAGCUACGGAAGCGCCUGGAGGUGGAACCUGGGUAUUGGAGCCUUGAUCGCCGCUGCACAGGGCGUUGGGUUGCUGAUUGUCCCGGAAAGCCCAGCCUGGCUCGCUGCGCACGACGACGUGGCUGGUGCAAAGAGGACGCUGCAGAGGAUCCGUGGUCAAGCCGUCGACAUUAGGGAGGAAAGCGAGGACUGGGGCCGGGAUGGAUCAGGCGCCGGAGAGGAGGAAGGCCUUCUCGCUCAGAAUGCAGACGAGAUCCCUCCGCCCAAUGCUACCUUGGCCAAGAACGAGCCUGUUCACCUUGGCUUCUUGCAAGUCGCCAAGGAUCCCAGCACUCGGCCCGUCAUCGUCGCCCUGGUUGGCAUCAUGUUCGUGCAGCAGUUCUGCGGCAUCAACUCGGUCAUCAUGUACUCCGUCUCGCUUCUCGCCGAUUUGUUGCCCAUAUCCUCUGCUCUCCUCAGCAUCCUGGUCUCGCUGGUCAACCUGGUCACGACCGUCGCGUGUUCUCCUCUGCCAGACCGACUGGGACGCAAGACCUGUCUGAUCAUGUCCAUCGUAGGCCAGGGCAGCAGCGCUCUUGUUCUGGCCCUGUCCAUCGUCUUUGGCUUCAAGAUUGUGUCUGCCUUUGCUGUACUCUUCUUUGUCGGCUUCUUCGCCGUGGGCUUGGGUCCUGUGCCCUUUAUCCUGGCCUCGGAGCUCGUUGGCCAGGAAGCUGUUGGCGCAACACAGAGCUGGUGCCUGGGAGCCAACUAUGUGGCGACGUUCCUGGUGGCCCAAUUCUUCCCCAUUGUCAACAAGGCUCUCAACACUUGGCUGGGGGGCGCUGGCUGGGUCUACUUCAUCUUUGCUGGCCUGGCUGCUGUUUCGUUUGUGUUUGUGACUUGGUCGUUUAGGUCCCUGCGCUUCCAUGGAGCCACCGGUAACUGA